AUGGCUCGCGAAGAAGAAUUUCUUGAAGAAGACCCAUCGGACACAACCUUCCCCGAGUCGUACAAAUUUCUUGAUGAAAUUGGUGUCGGUUGUACCGGUGUUGUGUACAAGGUAAUAUUGUGCUUGCCCAGGAACUCCAUGUUGGUGGCAAUCAAAGCCAUUGAUCUUGAUCAAUCCCCGGAGGAUAUAGAAAAUGUUGAACGUCAAGUCCUGACCAUGUCCUAUUUCUUCCACCCAAACAUCCUCACCCCUCACUAUUUCUUCGAAAAUGAUGGACGUCGCAUUUUCGUGGUGAUGCCAUUCAUGUCCGCUGGUUCUGUACGAUCCAUAAUAUCUUCUUCUUUCCCACACGGCUUCUCCGAGCCAUGCAUCGCCAUAAUUCUCAAACAAACCCUCACCGGCUUGUCUUUUCUUCACAGCCAAGGACGCCUUCACAGAGACAUCAAGCCCGGUAAAAUCCUCAUUGACUCAAAUGGAUCCGUUAAGCUUGCAUCAUCCUCUUUGAUGUUCACUAAUGCUCCGGGCACUUAUGGUAUGUCACCGUUGCAAAAAUAUGGUUACGGCUUGAAGUGUGAUAUCUGGUCCUUUGGAAUCACUGCAUUAGAAUUGGCCCACGGAUGCCCUCCUUUGUCUGAUGAUCACCUCCCUCCUUCAAACCUCAACAAGUUAUCCAAGGCUUUCAAUGACAUGGUGGAUUCGUGUCUCCAUCGAGAUCCAACAAAGAGGCCCUCGGCAAAGACAUUGUUAAAGCAUUCCUUCUUCAAGAAAUGCAAGGGUUCGUCUUUUCUUAUAAAGAAUGUCUUGCGGGGGCUGCCUAGUGUUGAAGAAAGGUUCAAGGAAACCAAGAUUAAUCUACUUGCGCGGUUUACGACCAAUAACAAUAAUGGCGAUGAUGAUGCUGAGGGUAGUGAACUCGUUCCAGUGUACCCAACCGAGUCCACCGACGUGCAAAAAGUUUGGUUUGGCGGUGAAUCCAUAAUAAUUGAAGACGAGGGAGGUGAGUUGGGUGAGUCUGGCGAGUUAAUUCCGAGUUCACCGGGUCAGGUUGUGGAAAAGGCGGCACAUGGCGGUGGUGCUACUGCUGCUGAUUGA